AUGGCGUCCUACAUCGGCUAUUCGCCACAAAGGACGACCCUCUUCAAGGCGGAGCAGGAGGUUUGGCGACCACGGAAGCAGUACAUGCGCCUGCGGCAAGACAAUGAAGUGCGCUGGGGUUCCACCCUGCAGAUGAUCUUGCGCGGGCUGGACCUGCGCGAUCCAAUUGAGUCCUACAUUCGGCACACAGUUGUGAGCAUACCCUCGCCCACCUGCCUUGCUAAUUCAGCCGUGGGACCCAAUGCUCCAGUUGAUGCGCCACCGCUGCGCCUCAUGGCGCUGCGCAUUUCUGUUGAGCAGUGGGACGCACUUGAGGAACUUGCAAAGUUCCUCAUGCCCUUCAACGCUGUGACUUUGGCAACGGAGGGGUCCCUGUACCCGACUGCGAGUCGGGUGGUGCUGCAGUACAACGAGCUUAUGGAUUCGCUCGAGAAGAUCAGGGACAGCACCACCUCCCCUCCCUCCGUGAUCAUGCGGAAGUGCAUCGACGCUUCCUUGGGCAAGCUGCAGGAGUAUUACUACAGCAGCAGUGAUGAGCUGUGUGUCGCUACCUUCUUGGACCCGGCAUUCAAGCUCGGAUACUUUGAGCUUGAGGACGGGAGCAGCAACAUGGGCAGGGCGGUAUCUCACGUGCCCUCGGAGGAGGUAGUGGCUCUGUGCGGGCUGGAGGCUAUGGCAAAGGACUACUUGGCCAUUCCAGCCACCUCUGCUGCCAGUGAGAGGCUCUUCUCACAAGGUAGGAACCUCAUCACAUGGCAACGGCACAGGUUGGGUGCUGAACGCGUGGAGGCAUGCAUGACCUUGAAGUUAUGGAUCGCUUCGUACCCGGGCACCCCAUUGGGAAAGGCCGCCAAGGUGGCCAUGGUGGAUGACAAAGUGGGAGUGGACCUGGAUGAGGAGUUUUGA